GAUUAUUUACAUGUCUCCGGUGAAAAGUGAUGGACGUCAAUCGGUGGUGAACAGAUCAGCAGCAACCAUUCAAGCAAGAGCCUGAAAACGUGCGCUGGAUCGAAGAUCACGUGCGCUCACGAGUUCAGCGUUCGGGUGCUGGCGCUGGGAGAGAGAGCAGAAGGAGAAGGAGAACCAAAAGCGCUCGAGGAGUUGGAGUGGCGCUAGUUUAUUGACUUUGUGGUGCUUGAGUUGAGGAAAAUUCAGUUGUGCUUUUGUUGUGAAGGAAAACAGUAACGAAAAUCCCGAAUCGGAGCGCGCAGUCGGUGCAGUUUUUCAAGAUGAAGCUUAUACUUUUGUCGACGGUAUGCUUAUUCAGCAUCAUCGUUCAAACCAGUGCUUUACCGAUGAAGGUCAGCAAACCGCAGGCCCUGGUCACAAGUCGUGAAGAUCGUUCGGUAAACGUUGCUCCAGCCAGCAAUGGUCCCGCCAACAAAGAACUUUCCCCACCUACGAAGCCCGGCAGCGGGUACUUCAUCCGAGUGAUACCCAAGGAGCAGGACGAGUUCGAACGAUUGAUGGAUUUUUUCGCAGUUGGGGAGAUCGAUUCGCCCAGCGAGUUAGCCGGAUCUCCCCAAAAGACGUCUUACGGCUCCUAUAGUCCACGACAGGAUGAUCUGACGGAACCACUGCUGCCUCCACCGGUUGAACAGAACGAACCCAACUACUACAGCGUCAAGCCAAGGAAGAGUAAGAGCAAGAAGUACAUCCCAACUCAGAAGCAGGUCAAUAUUAAAAACACGGAGAACAUCGAGAAGACUGAAAAUGAGCGGUCCAGGCAGAAUGCCGGAUUACCCAGCAGCGGAGAAAUCGACGAAGUAGAUUUUCUUGGGGGACUGGAUCUGGAGAAGCUUCUGGCAUCAGCUUGGUUGACGGAGGCCGAUGCUGAUGCGGAAGCUGCCAGAGGGAAGGUCACCGCCAAGGAACCGAAACCAGCUGAGCUGAACACGGGCGAGUACAUGCCCAGUCCUCAGCGUCGGAUGGACGAACACACCCGAUGGCUGCCGAGCGAAAAUGAAGGUGCCCGAGUUGAUUAUCAGCUGCACGGCCAUAAAGGGCCGGACAGCUAUGCGUUUGGAUAUGACACGGGUAGCGGGAAGAAUCGGCAGUUUCACGUAGAGGAGCGUGACAACGACGGGAAUGUGAGAGGUCGGUAUGGAUACUACACCAAGAACGGCAAGUUCCGGAUUGUGAAAUAUAGUUCGUCACCUGAGAAGGGCUUUCGAGUAGAGAGCUAGGAGUGUGCAAUUUUUAGUUAUUUAUUGUUAUUGCAUUGUACAAAUUUUAAUAAAAGUAAAAUCGUGGAA